AUGUCUGGUCUUUUGUUUACCUCCCUCUUGAGCAUCACAGCUCCGCUGGUGGCUGCAUACGCACCUGGACUUGAACUGGUCUACUCCCUUGAACGGGCGACCCAGGGCAUCAGUAUCUCCGCCAACGGGCGCAAGUUUCUGUCCCAACGGUACUCUACAACGGAGCCUCCGCUGGCCGUGGAGCUUCUGAGUGACAAUACAACCGUGCUUUAUCCGAAUGCGGCAUGGAACUCAUACAAUGCAAGCAACCCGAGCUCAAACCCCCGGGAGACCUUCGUCAGCAUUGACGGCGCGCGGAUUGGGCCCGACGGGCGGUACUGGCUGGUUGACGGCGGUUCGCAAGGAAUUAAUGGCUCCACCAAGCUGGUGGGCGUCAACCUCAGAAGUGACGAGGUUGAUAAAAUCUACUACCUGGAUGACAUCAAGGCAGACGACAGCGGCAUCGAUGAUGUUCGGUUCAACGCGGCUGGAGACGUGGCCUACUUGAGUGAUACAGCCGGCGCUCUGUUGGUUUUGAACAUGACAACCGGGAAUGGUGUGCGUGUCCUUGCAGACGACGACUCAGCCGCUGCUUGGUUUCCGAUGAUGUACAACGGGACACUGGUACCCGGAUACGGCGGCGAUGGUAGUACUCUCGCUGUCGGGCUGGACCAAAUCGAAGUCUCGCCGGAUGGAAUCUACCUGUAUUAUCAACCUUGCAAUGGUGGUCUGUACCGCAUCAAGACCUCAUAUGUCGAUGCUACAUUGACCAACGCGACACUGGCUGCCUCGCUCGGAGAUUACGCUGAGCCCUUCGCCCUGACGCCCAGCACUGGAGGAACCACUAUCGAUGGCGACGGCAAUAUCUACGUCAGCGACACCAACCUCCUUGCCAUCUGGAAGGUCACCCCUGAGGGCCGUGCGACCAUUCUUGUCCAAGACGACGCCCUUCUUUGGACGGACCUGAUGUGGGUGACAGCGGACAAGAAGCUUUGGUUGCCUGCCUCGCAGAUGCGUCCCGGCAGUGAUGGCUUAAUGGCCGAUGGCCCUAACUACAUCUUCACCUAUCCCAUCGACGCGGGUCCCUCUCCUAUCGAUCAUGCAUAG